UUUACCGACGUUCUUGUUUCUCCAAAGAGCCACUUGAAGAGAAUGCCAGUAACCAAUGCGCUUGCCUCAUCACCUAGUCUGUAAUUCUAAACGGUCGUUAUUCCUGUGGAAUUUGAUGAUUCGAGCCUCUACAAGGGAUGGGGAAUUCACAGGAACUCUUGAAAUUUACUCUUCUAUGUUUAAAUCUGGGGUUUGCGGCAGUAACUUCACGUUUCCUUUGAUUUUAAAGGCCUGUGGGAAACUUGGUUCGCUAAGAGAUGGUACAAAGGUCCAUGCUCAUACAUUCCUGAUGGGUUACGAUAAUGAACUCUUUGUACAAACAGCCUUGAUCGACAUGUACGGUAAAUGCUCAAAUUUGGCUGCUUCCCGUCAAUUAUUUGACGAAAUGCCUGUCAAAAGCUUGAUUUCUUGGAAUUCAAUGAUAUCAGCCUACUGUAAUUAUUCUUUGAUCAAUGAAUCAUUUAAGUUGUUGAAGCAAAUGCAAGUAAUUGGUCUGCAACCAAGCUUGAGCACUUUCGUGAGCAUUGUCUCUAGUUGCUCUGGCUCGGGUUCUGCCAUCUGGCAUGCCUUACUGAUACACUGUUACAGUAUUAAACUUGGGUUGGAUUCUGAUUUGCACCUUUCUAAUUCAAUUAUGAGUAUGUACGUGAAGCGUGGUGAUAUCAAUGCUGCUCUUUCUAUCUUCUAUUCGAUGGCUGAGAGAUCAGUUGUUUCCUGGACGACAAUAAUUGGCUGGUAUGUGGAUAGGGGGAAUAUUGCCGAGGCAUUUGAUAUUUUUAAACAGAUGCGAAAAAAAGAGAUUGGUUUGGACUCCGUUGUGUUCAUCUAUCUUACUUCAGGUUGCCUCCAAGUGGGGACAGCAUCAAUGGUUUCUUCGGUUCAUGCUCUGAUACUCAAAACUGGGUGCAAUUAUGAAGAACCAAUUCAGAGCUCUCUUAUAAGCAUGUAUGCAAAUUGUGGUGAUCUUAUAUCUGCUCAAAGGGUUUUCAAUUUAGCAGAUCAGAAAAGUAUAGUACUAUGGACGUCAAUGAUUGGUGGAUAUGUCUACUCUGGUCAUCCAAGUGAAGCAUUGAAUCUCUUCAAGAAUUUGUUGAUGACAAGCAUUAGGCCGAAUAAAGUAACACUAGUUACUGUACUCGCAGCUUGUGCCAAUUUGGGGGCACUGAGCGUGGGUGAAGAAGUUGUGGGCUACAUUAUGUUGAAUGGGUUGGAAUCAGACUUGUGCAUUCAGACUGCAUUAAUUCACAUGUACUGCAAAUGUGGAAGCAUAAUGAGGGCAAAAGAAGUAUUUGAUAGGGUCCCUAACAAAGAUCUAGCUGUCUGGAGUUCCAUGAUAAAUGGUUAUGCCAUCCAUGGCAGGGGAGAAGAAGCUUUAAAUCUCUUCUUAAACAUGCAGAAAGAAGAGGGAAUCAAGCCAGAUGCAGUUGUAUACACAACUGUGUUAUCAGCUUGUAGCCAUUUGGGCUUAGUUGACGAUGGUCUGAAGUACUUCCAUUCUAUGCAGAGAGAUUAUGGAUUAGAACCUAAUAUAGAACAUUAUUCAUGUUUAGUGGAUCUUCUUGGUCGAGCUGGGUACUUGGAUUUGGCUUUGAAAACCAUCCAAGAGAUGCCUUUGCAUGCACAAAAGGCUCAAGUUUGGGCUCCAUUACUUAGUGCAUGCCGAACCCAUCACAACAUUCAGCUUGGGGAGUUUGUAGCUAAGAAAUUGUUUGUUGCGGAGCCUCAAACCACUUGUAAUUACAUAUUAUUGGCUAAUACAUAUACAUCUGUCGGAAAAUGGACAGAUGCAGCGGCAAUGAGAAGGUUGAUUAAUGAAAAAGGAAUGGUGAAGGAAGCUGGGUGGAGCCAGAUUGAGGUUAAUAAUUCGGUCUGAUUCAAGAGCCUAUUGGAGAUCAGUCACAUCAUUGAUCGAUCCUUUGAGUUUUCUGAGGACCUAGAAAAUCUAAAUGAAGGUCAGAGAUCCACUUGGUGUGUUGCAAAAAACGUAGUUGCGAUGCACAAAUUUGAGUAGGAAGAGGAUGCAUUUAGAUCACCAGUAUGUUGUCUUAUGUUUAUAAUUUACUUAUUGCUGAGUCAUGUCCUACUAUGAGAAUCAUGAAGAAUUGGUGGACUUUCGUGGUGAUUGUCACUGUGCACUAAAGGUUAUUCUUCAUUAUCACCAGCUGCAUCCCUUUGUGUUAGAUGGCCACUGAUGCCGUGGGCCACAAAACCUUCACACGCAUCGACACGCCGAGGGAGGCAACCUGUUUGAUGUCAGAACCGAUCUCUCAACUUGUUGAGCGAUCCGCGCUUGAAGAAAAGUGGCUAUAGCUUGCUGUACUUCGCGCACAAGUAGAGUGAUCGAAAAACUGGAGGGCCCAGUGAGAGCCCACUGCAUUGGCAACAAAAUGGUGUCUGCGGGAUGAGAACCCUACACCAGCUGAGAUCCUUUCAUGCGCACGGCUUACUGAAAUUCAUUAGCAACUUUGUGACGGGGGCAACCAUGGACUAUGUAACAAGAUUAACAAAAAAGCAUGGAUUGAACGUCUCUAGCUUUGAAAACCCAUCAUGUAAAAUUAGCUAUAAUAGCGCAGUAGAAGCCCUAAAUUAGCUAAGCUAAGUGAGCUCUUUAGCACCCUAUGGCGCUGCUACUGUGAUGCUCAGUGGAAGGUAUUCCGUCAGGACAGCUGUUGCUUCGAUUUCGCUUCUUUCAAAGUGCACUGCACUGACUACACAAACUAACGGCACUAAAGCUUUAACUGACCCUGUCCACAUGAAAAGAAAGACUACAUAGGGCCUCCUCAGCCCUGGCCUGCUUCAAAGGCCAUUCUUUUCCUACCCCGCUCACUGAUCAAAGAGAUGGAGAGAACUACAUGUUUUGGAAUUUGCUUUCAUCUGUGAUUAUUUUGCUGGACUUUCUAGAGGUUUCUUGCUCCGCGUUGUAGUUUCUGGAGUUCUUGGUCAUUUACUGUGGCUGUCAAUAUUUUAUUAUAUGGUUCUUCAUCUACUACGACUGGACUUUCUGGAGGUUUCUUUCUCCAUGGUUGCAGUUUUAGGAGUUCCUGGUCAUCUACUGUGGUUGUUGAUAUUUUUCUGAUAUGGUUCUUCAUCUAUUGCUGAGUUGAUGAUUCUUCUGCCAUGCAUGUUGUUUUUCAUCUGCUGGUGCUGGUGCUGGUGCUGGUAUAUGCUCUGCUACUGCUGAGUUAAAGGGUUGUUUGUUGUGGUCAGCGUGGGCUGUUGUAAUAUGUUCUUUAAUAGAAUCUUUUACUAUUGUGAUCUACAUGAGUUGCUGUGUUUAGUAUAUGGCACUGAGCAUGAUUUAUUUCAUUGGAACAGUGAUCUGCUAUGGUGUCGAAUCACAGAAGAUAUUUGCUCUUGAUUGAUUCUGAUUGCUGCAUCAUGAUCAGCUAUUUGUUUACGAUAUUUUUUUUAUCGGAAUGAUUUCUAUGGUAUCUGUGAUCAGAUCUGAGUUGCUCCCUCUCUGCAAUAGUUACUGAUAUCAGGUCUCAGUGUGAUUUGUAAUUCUUUCUGAAUGGUCCUGCAACUGUUGUACUAUUAAUAUUAUUGGUGCUUAUUUUCACUGCUAA